GCGGGAAGAUGGCGGCGCCCAUGGACUCUCUUGAGUCCCUGGAGGAUGAAGGCAGCGCGGGGCGCAGGGCGUCCGGGGUGGAGUUGUCGGUCCCCUCGGAGCCCGCGGCUCCCGCCCCGCUGUGCCCACACGGGCCCACUCUUCUGUUUGUAAAAGUGAGCCAAGGGAAGGAAGAAACACGGAAGUUUUAUGCCUGCUCAGCCUGUAGAGAUAGAAAAGACUGUAAUUUUUUUCAAUGGGAAGAUGAAAAGUUGUCGGAAACUAGACUUGCUGCCCGAGAAGCUCAUAACCAAAGAUGUCAGCCCCCUCUAUCCCGCGCACAAUGCAUAGAAAGUCUGUGCUGGCUGUGGCCCAACCAGGCUACAGAGGUUGGUCAGGUGGUCACCCAUAUUGAUGAGCUUCACCUCCUCAUCCAGGAAGUGGUUUUCCUUUACAAGUUUGUGGAAGAAGUGGCCUACACCCUCCAGAGCCAUGUCAUCCUGAUCAAAAUAGCUUUGGCUCAGAGAGAGCUUCCCCUGAAUCCCCUGAAGUGGGACAUGUACAUCAACAUCCUUAACCAGUGCGCAGGAAACAUCAUGGAAGCAAGAGUAGAUUAUGAUAAUCACACACUUUACAAACAUGGAAAGAGAGGUCGCAAACAGUCUCCUGUGCGGAUUUUCACCAACAUUCCCCCCAACAAAAUCAUCCUCCCUGCAGAAGAAGGGUACAGAUUUUGCUCCCUCUGUCAGAGAUAUGUUUCUCUUGAGAAUCAGCACUGUAUGCAUUGUAAUUCUUGCACAUCCAAGGAUGGGAGGAAGUGGAGCCAUUGCUUUCUCUGCCAAAAGUGUGUGAAGCCUUCCUGGGUCCAUUGUAGCACCUGUAACCGCUGUGCACUCCCAGACCAUUCCUGUGCAGGCCCUCGAGAUGGGUGCUUUGUAUGUGGUGCACUGGAUCACAAACGCAGCAACUGUCCCAACAUUGGCACCUUUCAGAGAGCUAACAAGGCUGUCAGAAGGCAGAAGCAAAGAAAAAGAAAUAAGAUAAAAACGGAGCCACUAAAGGACAAUCCAUGAAUCACACAUCUGCUCCAAGAAGAAAGACGAGAAAGGAAAAGCCCAUCAAUAUCCUUGCUCUUAAAUGUCCACUGACUUGAGAAUAAGGGAGAUUUAUAGUCCAACCUUUGAUGCCAUUUUCUCCAAGUACCACACCGGACUUAAAUCCAACUGCUUUCUGAGGUGUGCACCUUUCUGAGCUCCGUAAUAGGCAGGUGGCAUUUGCUGGCUUCGAGUCCCUUCAGCUGCCUCUGCAGACCUGGGAGCUUUCUGCCCUCAGCAGGUUCCCUGGCUCUGUCUGCCUGCUUUCUCCACUCUUUAAAUCCCAUCAGUCUUUGUUUUGGCUUCUUUUGUCUGAAAAAUGGGCAUACAGCAUAUAUUUACAUAUAAUACUAGAUAUUAAUGCAAAUGGAAAUCUAUAGUCAGACUUUUGUUUUAAUUUAUAUAUGAAACACUUUUGUUAACUGACCAAGCCAUACAUUAAGGCACGUCCAGCCCAUGGUCCAUGGGCCGCGUGUGCCCCAGAAUAGCUAUGAAUGUCACCAACACAGACUCAUAAACACAUUUAAACAUUAUGAGACUGUGUGACUUUUUUCAUAAUUCAGUGACACAGUCCUUGAGUGGGAACUUUGUAGAUCAUGUUGUGUUGCAAUGUCAAAAGGUUGGACGUGCCCAGACUCUUUCAACAAAAAGUAUGGUACAUAAUUUAUUGCAAGAUUGGAUCUGAAGAUGAUGGGAUAAAUUGUUAUUAAAGCACUGUAAGCGUAAGAAGAUUGUAAUUGUGGUUUUAUUAUUAAAUCUUUAUUUUUUCAGUA